AUGAACCCUCUUCCGAAGAGGCCAAGGGGGAUGAAUGAGGAUGCGGCUGUCCUCGUGCCUGACGAGGAGGAGGAUGCUAACGCUGAGCAGGUGAACGUGGCAUGCCCCCAGAAGGUGGUCCCGUUUGUGAACUGCUUCAUCGACGACCCUCAGAUGGAGCUCCCGGAGUUGGAGCAGCUGCCGAUGAAGACGGUGCACGAGCAGGCCGGUCGAGCCUUCCUCCUUUAG